CCAUCACUAUAGUUACACCGACCUAUGUCAAAAGACACGACGUAGCCAAAUUUAGAGCCCUUCUUCAAACGACAUUUCCCCCACUCUUUCUUUCUUCCCUUUCUUCUUCAUUCUUCAUCCUUCAUCGCCGUUAAAUCUCUCUGUCCGAGCUUCUUCUACCACCAUCAUACCGCUUUCAAAUCCCCUCAUCACCCCUCAAAAUGAACAGAAUCACCAGCCUUGCCGCACUCCGGCGCGCCACCGCCGCAACAGCCGCAGCUUCAUUCUCCCAGACCCGAUCCCUUCAGCAAGCGGCUCCCUUCAGCAGCUCCGCCUCCUCCCACUGGUUUUCCGGGAGGUUUAUCCGUCACUUUGGGUCGACUUCUCCGGCAUCUCAUUCUCUCCCCUCUAAUGGCAUCGCCGGAACUAUGUUCUUCUCUGUUGCUGCUGCGACCACUUUAACUCAAGAGGCUCAUGCUAAGGAACCCAUUCAGUCUCAAAUUUUUAAGGACGUUGUUCUUUACCAGUAUGAAGCUUGCCCUUUUUGCAACAAGGUUAAAGCUUUUCUCGAUUACUAUAACAUUCCAUACAAAGUUGUGGAGGUUAAUCCCAUCGGCAAGAAGGAGAUUAAGUGGUCAGAUUACAAGAAGGUGCCUAUACUGACUGUUGACGGUGAACAGAUGAUUGAGUCAUCAGAGAUUAUUCAAUCACUUUACAAAAAAAUUCAUCCGGAGGGAUCCACUGGUUCUAGCACAAGCACUGAGGAAGAGAAGAAAUGGCUGGGGUGGGUGGAUAGUCACUUGGUGCAUGUCUUGUCACCAAAUAUCUAUCGAUCAGCGGGUGAGGCUCUCGAGUCAUUUGAUUACAUCGCAACCCAUGGGAAUUUUGGCUUCAUGGAGAAGAUGGUAGCAAAAUAUGCUGGUGCUACAGCCAUGUAUUUUGUGGCCAAGAAAUUGAAGAAGAAGUAUAAUAUAACUGAUGAACGUGAAUCUUUGUAUCAAUCCGCAGAAACAUGGGUAGAUGCCCUCAAGGGUCGGCCUUUUCUUGGUGACUCAAAACCUAAUCUGGCUGAUCUUGCUGUGUUUGGUGUCCUGAGACCAAUACGCAACCUACAAUCUGGCAGGGACAUGGUGGAGCACACACGCAUUGGUGAUUGGUACUCUCGGAUGGAAAAAGCGGUGGGGGAAUCUUGUAGAGUAACUGUGUAGCGCUAUUAUCAUCCAGCAUUCCGCCUCUCAGUAACUUUGUAGUCUUGUUUGUCUGGUUAAAUCUCUAUAUGCAGUGAUAGCUGAAGAUAUCUUAAUUUCAAAAAGUAAAUAAAGACUAGGAGUCAUUAGACGUGUACCUCAUAUACACAGAUUUGUGAGGAUAUAGACAUUUUUUCAUCGCAUAUACAUUUUUUGCAGGGUUACACGGCUACCAGCCCCUAUUUCUUGUAGGUAAAAUUGCCACACCAUCAGGAAGAGAUAUAGCUCGUUUCUCCCAGUUGUUGACAUAAACGGUGGUUAAAUGCAAAAGAAAUGUAUUCUUAUUCAUAGUAUGCAAAAGAUGCUUGGAAAAAGUUUUGGAGUUAUUGCUGUAUGCAUUUUCAACCUUCU